AUCGGCUUUACUCCCCGCAGCCCCAAGCAUCCCUUCCUGGGGGUCCGCUCCGCCGCCGCGAGGAUCCGGGAGGAGCCGUCGGAACCCCAGGGCCCGGGGCCCCGGGGCGCACGCCCAGCCUGGCCGGAGGAGCCUGUUUUGGUAGAACUGGGAUCUGGGGCGAGAUGGCCGCGGGAGUCCUCGUCUGUCUCGGGGCGCUCCUGGCACGCUGGGUCGCGGCAGGGUCGGAGGCUGUCGUGGUGACCGUGGGAGAAGUCGACGAGGCUGUCACCCUGCACUGCGGCAACGUCUCGGGGCCCAGGGGCCUGGUGUCCUGGUACCGGAGUGCCUCGGAGCCUGUCCUCCUCGUCUCCUCCAACUCCAGCUUGCCGCCAGCCUCGGCUCGUUUCUCUCUGUGGAACACCAGCUCCCUGCACAUCGAGGCACUGAGCCUGCAGGAUGAAGGAAACUACACCUGCCAGGAGACCCUGAAUGAGACCCAGCAAUUCCAAGUGUGGCUGCAGGUGGCCAGCGGCCCCUAUCAGGUUGAGGUCAACAUCUCUACCACUGGGACCCUCCCCAAUGGCACGCUCUAUGCAGCCAAGGGCUCCCAUGCAGACUUCACCUGCACCAGCAGUGCCUGGCCUCCGCCCAUGGUUGAGUGGUGGUUCAAGGCCCCAGAUUCCAGCGACGAGCCCUUUGGAAACAACCUGACAGUCAGCAACUUCACGCUCUUCCUCAUGUCGCCAAAACUCCAAGGCAACUACACCUGCUUGGCUGAGAACAUGCGCAGUGGGAGACAUCGAAAGGUGACCACCGAGCUCCUGGUCUACUAUCCUCCUCCAUCAGCUCCUCAGUGCUGGGCAGAGGCAUCGCUGGGAUUGUCCAUGCUGCAGCUCACCUGUCGCUGGGAUGGUGGCUACCCAGACCCUGGCUACCUGUGGACAGAGGAGCCAGGAGGACUCAUCGUGGGGAAAUCAAAGCUAGGGGUGGAGAUGCUGAACCAGUCCCAGCUGUCAGACGGCAAGAAGUUCAAGUGUGUUGGGAGCCACAUAGUGGGGCCGGAGUCUGGAGCCAGCUGUGUGGUACAGAUCCGGAACCCCUCCCUUCUCUCUGAUCCUAUGAAGACUUGCUUUGUAGGGAGCAAUGUGACCCUCACGUGCCAAGUGUCGGGAGCAUACCCCGCUGCUGAGAUCCUGUGGCUGAGGAACCUCACCCAGCCCAAGGUGCCCAUUCAACCCAGCAGCCACUAUGUCAUCACCCAGAACGGCCAGAGCUCUACCCUCACCAUCCACAACUGUUCCCCGGACCUGGAUGAGGGCUACUACGUCUGCCGGGCAGAGAACCCCGUGGGGGUGAGGGAGGUGGACAUCUGGCUCAGUGUGAAAGAACCUCUGAACAUCGGGGGGAUCGUGGGCACCAUUGUGAGCCUCCUCCUGCUGGGACUGGCCGUCAUCUCGGGGCUCAUGCUGUAUUACAGCCCUGUGUUCUGCUGGAAAGUAGGAAACACUUUCAGGGGACAAGACACAGGUGACGUCAUGGUUUUGGUGGAUUCAGAUGAGGAAGAGGAGGAAAGGGAGGAGGAGGAGGAUGCUGUAGAAGAGGACGAGGAGGAGGAGGAGGAGGAGGAGGCAGCCCGUGAGAGAGCCGACUUCCCAACAGAAAUGCGCAAGUAUGGCCACAUCCACAGAGUGACCGCCCUGGUGAAUGGGAACUUGGAACGGAUGGGAAACGGACUCCAGGAUCUUCAAGAUGACGUCAGUGAGCUGCCAAGUGACGUUCAGGAAGAAGACAGACCAGUCUGAAGAAGAGCAUUAUCAUUCACCGUUAUAUUCUCCGGAAGCAAGACUGAAGAGUUCUUGACUUGUUCUCCUGCCUGGGAGCUUGCAUUAGUAAGUUCACGUCUCUCUGCAAACUGGACAAGACACACACACAAACACCUUUCCUUCCAUUUUUAAACAAAAAUUGGUUUCCUAGGCUGUAAAUUUUUCAGAGAUGUUAAAAAGCAUUGGGAAGAAGCCACGUGUAUAGGAGAGAUGCCACUUCUGCUGUACCUCCUGGCUGUACCAGGCUGACCUACUGUGACAAACACUGACUGGCCGGGGAAACAUUUGGGCACUGGUGCCCUUUGCCACUAUGAAAGGUUGGUAACUCAGCUUUGUCCAGCACAAAAGUUGAGCACCUUGGGUGUAGGUAAGGAAGUGUCCUUUAUCACUGCUCAGGUAACCAGGCAAGUGUGAGCUGCCUGGGCGAGGUGAGGCCUGAGCCUACCUACUGAUUCCCCGCAGCGUGGCGUCAGGAACCACCAGCUCAAACCUGGGCCCUGCUCCUUUUGUGUUCCGUGGGCUGGUCUCACUGACCCCUCCCCAGGCCUCGGCUUCUUUCUCUGUGGAACAGAUGAACUCAUACCCACCUUCCAGGCAGGUGGUGAGGACAGAUGAGGGCAGUUUGCCUGUUCAGGUGCCUAGUUGGUGCUCAAUGGACGUUAUGCGUCUUCUCUGCCUUCCCUCAGGGUAGAGGGAACAGUGUGCACUGUGAGUUGCAAGUGGCUGCCAGGGCUGCCAAUCGGGGCAUGAUCAGAGCACGCCUUCGCGAUCUCUGUUUUCCCUGGAGACACAAAUCUUUUCAAGAGGCAGGGCCUGACAGGUGCCUUUCCUUGGAACCUCACGUGUUUCAGAGCAAAGCCUCCCAGGUGUUGUGCCUGGGAGUAGCCCGCAGUCUUUCCCGUUCCUUGUCCCUGCUGUUGCUGUCAAUGAAAGCAGCAUGUAUGUUUUGUAAGAACUCCUUAGACCAAGUCAGUCCGUCUGGACUCAGUUGCUCUUAGGAAUGGAAACAGGGAAGACCUGUUUUCCUUCCUACUUCCUAAAGACUUGAUGAGGAUACACAGAUCAUUGACACCAAGUUUCAAAUGAAAAUAAUGGAUGAGUUUGGACUGCUGAUGCUUCUAUCACAUCCUUGUGCAGUUGAUGUUUUUUUUUUUUUUCCUUAUUUUUAUUUUUUACUUGCAUCCAAAUCUCUGUCCAAAGUCAGGGACCUCACAAGGGUGCAAUAGAUGUGUGCUAAACCUGAAAAGUUGACUUGAAUUUGCACUCUUUACUGUUAUAUAGCCUGCCCCAGUGGGCAAGACCUAGGGCUCGAAGAACUUCCUUCCUUUCAGUAUUUGGCACUGGGAUUCCAAAAUUGAGAAGCUGGUUAAAGUAACCCCCCCGCCCCCCUGCAGGUAUGACUGAAGGGACAAAACUGAGCAAAUCACUCAAAGUGGGCCCUGUGCCCAUCUCAGGAGCUGGCUGCAAUUUCUACUCCUCAGGAAUAGCUGUCAAGUACAACUGUGCUUGACCAGGGCUUAGCCUGCCUUGUAGCACCUGGGGGAUUCAAUGGGUCUAAACAGUGAAAGUCAGUGCCAUUUCAGAUGGCUUCAAAAGUCACUGAAGAUUAAGCCGGUCUCACCUCGCUUCUUUAGGCUUUAAAAGCCUGACUUCUUGAAUUUAAGCAUCUGCUCUUCAGAGGCAAGAGGUUUAAGAGGAAAAACAAAAAACAAAACAAAACAACAACAACAAAAAAACAACCAAAGGAGUGGGGGUAAGAAUUCCUAGGAAUGCAGAAAAUGUGUUGCAAAAUCCCUAGGAUGCCUUUUCCAACCUCCUCUUGCACACAACAUGAUGAUGGGAAAUAUUGGAAAGUUUUUCAGUUAGCAAGUGGGAACUUCAAGGACCCGGUGCCAAUUAUUACAAACCCUUGACCAACUGAGCUGUGGCUUCUGUCACUUCUAUCCCAGCCCUGUGUGCACAUUUAUAUGCUGGCCAGUUAAGAGCACAGGGACUAGAGGACUUCAGAUUUUAAGGAGUUUUUAAGAAUUAGGUUUUUUUCCACCCCCUCCCUUAAGAUGAGCCAUGCCCAAGUCUACAAGCAUGUUUGAUAGCGGGUCACAGACUUUGUAUGGCAAAGUCCAAGUUGUUAAAUUGUACUUCAAAAAUAUCUUAUCUGCAUGUGUUAUUAACUCUGAGACCAUGAGAUCUUAUCAGAACCAGGAAAAUAAAGACUUGAGGGUUACUGCAAUGACAUUGCUUUUCCUUGAAACUUAGAGGACAUUAGCGAAGGACCUCAGUCCCCAUGUGGCUUUGAGAGUAGUCCCCAUUCUCACAAGCCCAUAUAAAUACAUACAGGUCCUAUAACUGCAGCAGGAAAAUAUGCAUGAUGGGAAAUUUCCAUAACCUGUGCACUGAGGCUUGGAAUAUCAUCCUUGCUGGGUAACAUUUAUUCUGAUGCAAUAAGUGCCAACCAAUAUUCCCACCAUGGGACUGGCCAGAAACUACUGCAAAGAAAAAUAAACAGAUCUCUCUGCACUAUAUACAUUUUAAUAUUUGGUGGAAGAAGGCUGGGUGAAAAUAAAAUGUUCUGGGGUUAUAACAUGGACUUUUUUAAAAAGAAAAAGAUUAUGAAAUAAAGUUAUUUUUA